CAUCGCCAAAAAAAGGGCACAAAUUUGUGUGUGUCACGCAGAUGGCAUGGCACGCCAAGUCGCGAACGAUUUAUACCAAGAAUUCAUAGACAAAAACCACAAAAAUCUACCCAAUUUGUUUUAAAAAAAUUUUGUACAAACGUUGGAACCAUUGCUGCACAUCAUCAAUGAUGGCAACCACUCCGUCGUCGGCGCAGCCGGUCAGGGUGCAGGUGCAGGUGCAGGUGCAGCAAGGAUGGAUGUACCGGAGCAGGGCGGCGUCUCCCGCGCCGCCCCUUCUCCCACCGCCGACGACCGGGCGGCGUCUCGCCGUCGCUGGCUACAGGAGGAGGACGACGGUGGCUUCUCUCCGGGCUGUCGCCGCCGAGCGCGAACAGGACUCUCCUUUGCCCGAGCCUCCGCCGUUGCUCGCCGACGCCGACGAGGAGGAGAGGAUGCUCGCCAACUACGUCCCCGUCUACGUCAUGCUCCCGCUCGGCGUGGUCACCGCGGACAACGAGCUGGAGGACGCGGAGGCGCUGAGGGCGCAGCUGCGGCGGCUGCGGGGGGCCGGCGUCGACGGCGUCAUGGCGGACGUGUGGUGGGGCAUCGUCGAGGGCGCCGGGCCGGCGCGGUACGGGUGGCGCGCGUACAGGGAGCUGUUCCGGAUGGCGCAGGAGGAAGGCCUCAAGGUGCAGGCCAUCAUGUCGUUCCACGCCUGCGGCGGCAACGUCGGCGACGCCGUCAGCAUCCCGCUGCCGCGCUGGGUCCGCGACGUCGGCGACGGCGACCCGGACGUGUACUACACGAGCCGCCGCGGGGCCAGGAACCAGGAGUACCUCACCAUCGGCGUGGACGACCGGCCUCUGUUCCAUGGCAGAACCGCUAUCCAGCUGUACGCCGAUUUCAUGAAGAGCUUCAGAGAGAACAUGGCUGACUUCUUGGACGCCGGCCUGAUCGUGGACAUAGAGGUUGGUCUCGGCCCUGCCGGUGAGCUGAGGUACCCAUCCUACCCAGAGAGCCAGGGUUGGGAGUUCCCUGGCAUCGGACAGUUCCAAUGUUAUGACAAGUAUCUGGAGGAGGACUUCAAGGCGGCGGCGACAGAGACCGGGCACCCGGAGUGGGAGCUGCCGGACGACGACGCCGGCGAGUACAACGACACGCCGGAGGACACGCGGUUCUUCGCGGCGGACGGCGGCACGUACCUCGCCGAGGCGGGGAGGUUCUUCCUGACGUGGUACUCCGGCAAGCUGCUCGAGCACGGGGACAGGGUCCUCGACGAGGCGAACGCGGCUUUCCUCGGGUGCACGCUCAAACUCGCCGCGAAGGUGUCGGGGAUCCACUGGUGGUACCGCCACCCGAGCCACGCCGCGGAGCUCGCCGCCGGGUACUACAACGUGGCGGGGCGCGACGGGUACCGCCCCGUCGCGCGCAUGCUGGCGCGCCACGACGGUGCCGUCCUCAACUUCACCUGCGCGGAGAUGCGGGACGCCGAGCAGCCCGAGGAGGCGAUGAGCUCGCCGGAGCGGCUUGUGCGGCAGGCGCUGAGCGCGGCGUGGCGGGAGGGCGUCGAGGCGGCGUGCGAGAACGCGCUGAGCAGGUACGACCGGGGCGGCUACAACCAGAUGCUCCUGAAUGCGCGGCCCAACGGCGUGGACCCCGGCCGCGCGCCGCCGCGCCGCGCCGCCGCCGUGACGUACCUCCGGCUGUCGGACGAGCUCCUGACGGGCACCAACUUCCGGGCCUUCAAAACUUUUGUCCGCAAAAUGCACGCCGACGAGGAUUACUGCCCGGACCCGGCCCGGUACGGAAGGCCCAUGAGGCAUCUGGAGAGGUCCGGGCCGGUGGUGCCCGUCGAGCGGCUGCUAGACGCGACGGCGCCGGAGCCGCCGUACCCGUUCGACGGCGAGACGGACAUGAGCGUCGGCGGCGGCCUCGCCGAGCUCAUCGACUGGGUGUUCGACAAGGUCGAGUGGAUAUUCUGUUAAAAGCCCCACGCGAUCACGUAAUUGAGCGUAACCUACAUCCAUUACAUCGAUUAUGCUCUUUUCGUCUCUUUUCAUUUCAAAAUAUAUUAAUACAGUAGCGUGAUAUAUUUAGUAUCAUAUAUACUCCCUUUGUUCCGUAUUAUAAGACCUUCUGGGUUUGUCUAGAUUCA